AUGGGAAUGUCACGAAUCUACGUGAUGGAGAUUACUACGGAAGUGACAAUUGUAGCGCCCAACAACUUGUUCAUGAGUGCCGAAGUUCGUCCUGGAUCGUGGUUCGACCGCAAGUGCUGGCAGUACAACUAA